AUGGGGGAACCGCCCUCGGGGGGAACCGUCCUCAUGGGAAACCGCCCUCAGGAGGAACCGACCUCAGGGAGAACCGCCCUUAAGGGGAACCGUCCUAUGGGGGAACCGCCCUCGGGGGGAACCGUCCUCAUGGGAAACCGCCCUCAGGAGGAACCGACCUCAGGGGGAACCGCCCUCGGGGGGAACCGUCUUAUGGGGGAACCGCCCUCGGGGGGAACCGUCCUCAUGGGGAACCGUCCUAUGGGGGAACCGCCCUCGGGGGGAACCGUCCUAUGGAGGAACCGCCCUCAGGGGGAACCGUCCUCAUGGGGAACCGUCCUAUGGGGGAACCACCCUCGGGGGGAACCGUCCUCAUGGGGAACCGCCCUCAGGAGGAACCGACCUCAGGGGGAACCGUCCUAUGGGGGAAUCGUCCUCAUGGGGAACCGCCCUCAGGGGGAACCGACCUCAUGGGGAACCGCCCUCAGGGAGAACCGUCCUAUGGGGAACCGUCCUCAUGGGGAACCGCCCUCAGGAGGAACCGACCUCAGGGGGAACCGUCCUAUGGGGGAACCGCCCUCGGGGGGAACCGUCCUCAUGGGGAACCGCCCUCAGGAGGAACCGACCUCAGGGGGAACCAUCCUAUGGGGGAACCGUCCUCAUGGGGAACCGCCCUCAGGGGGAACCGACCACAUGGGGAACCGCCCUCAGGGAGAACCGUCCUAUGGGGAACCGUCCUCAGGGGGAACCGCCCUCAGGGAGAACCGUCCUCAGGGGGAACCGUCCUAUGAGGGAACCGCCCUCAGGGGGAACCGUCCUAUGGGGGAACUGCCCUCAGGGGGAACCGUCCUAAUGGGGAACCGCCCUCAGGGAGAACCGUCCUCAGGGGGAACCGUCCUAUGGGGGAACUGCCCUCAGGGGGAACCAUCCUAUGAGGGAACCGUCCUCAGGGGGAACCGUCCUAUGAGGGAACCGUCCUCAGGGGGAACCGCCCUCAGGGAGAACCGUCCUCAGGGGGAACCAUCCUAUGAGGGAACCGUCCUCAGGGGGAACCGUCCUAUGGGGGAACCAUCCUUUACGGCGUCUUAA